AUCCACCCCCCGGUCCCACCCCAAUCUCACCUGCACUGCGAGGCUAAAACUGCGAAAGCUGAAAGCCCAAACUCCAAACUACAGAACACAAACUCUCUCUCUCUCUCUCUGGACUCUUCGAGCUUUGAGAGCUUAAGUUACAAUUCCAGCAACUACAGUUUGCACGGUUACGGCAAUUUCCUGUGCUUAAAACUCCCCUUUUUCUUCCCCAAGUCCUCAAUCGAUGAAAUUUUCGAGCAGGAGAAGGCCUAUUUUUACCCGCCGUUGAUUAUUCUCUGCGAACCCUCACCAGCAUUUGUUUUCUUACGAGGUGUCUUUGGUUUUAAAGAUCUCUUUGUGCAUUGUAUGUUGGGAGAAAUGGGGAGUUCGUUUAAUCCUCAGAUUUUAGUGGAAAAGCUCACCAAGCUCAACCAUUCACAAGCAAGCAUAGAGACUUUAUCACAUUGGUGUAUUUUUCAUAUGAAUAAAGCGAAGCAAGUUGUUGAAACAUGGGACAGACAAUUUCAUUGCUCUCCACGUGAGCAGAGGUUGGCUUUUCUAUAUCUUGCAAAUGACAUUUUGCAGAAUAGCCGCCGUAAAGGUUCAGAGUUUGUUGGUGAAUUUUGGAAGGUUCUUCCAGAUGCCCUUCGUGAUGUAAUUGAAAAUGGGGAUGAGGCUGGAAGAAAUGCUGCGCUUAGACUGAUUGGCAUAUGGGAAGACAGAAAAGUUUUUGGCUCACGUGGGCAAAUUCUCAAGGAAGAGCUUGUGGGAAAGCACUCAGAUGGUAGUAAUAGAAAUGGGAAGAGCGUAGGCUUCAAACUGAAGCAACCUACUGGAAGCACAUUGGACAAGAUAAUUUCAGGUUAUCAAGUUGUUGAUGCCAGCCAGGUGGAUGAAGACGUUAUAAUAAACAAAUGUAGGAGUGCUAUUAGCUCGCUUGAGAAGGCUGAGAAGGAAAUUGGUGUCAAUAUUAAUUCAGGACAAUUCCAUGCAACUUCAUUUGUGGAAGAGCUGCAAGGGCAGCACACUAUUUUGAGGGAUAGCAUUGAACAACUGACAGCCAUUGAAUCAUCAAGGGCAAGUCUUGUGUCUCACCUGAGAGACGCCCUUCAGGAGCAGGAAUACAAGCUGGAACAGAUUCGCAGUCAACUUCAGGCUGGACAGUCCCAAUCAGAACAUGCUAGUAAUGUCUGCCAGAAGUUGCUGCGUUCCGGUAAUAUGCAGUUAGUUGGCGAGCAAGGUUCAAAGGAAGUUGGCACUUCCAUUGCAUCUCAAAACUUUAGAACUGGAGAUAGGGAACAAUCAGUGCCAACGAUGUACACACGGCAGGCACCUUUCCCUGAAAAAACUGGUCAAAUAGAGGAAGAUCCCAGAAAGUCUGCUGCUGCUGCAGUGGCAGCAAAAUUGACUGCGUCGACGUCCUCAGCCCAGAUGCUGUCUUUUGUCCUCUCUUCACUUGCAUCUGAGGGUGGAAUUGGCAAUCCAAUAAAAGAAUCAUCUGGUGAUUAUGCCUCUGGCAAGAGAGCUAAGCUCGAGAAUGAUCAGCCUUACAUACCGACCCAGAAUCCCCCACAGCAACCGCUUCCUCCUUUCCAACAUCCGGAAUCUUUCCAAGUGGCAACCUCUGGGCAGCAGUUAACUUCAAAUGAUCCACCACCUCCCCCAUCAUCACCUCCACCACCACCUCCGCUACCACCUAUGCAACCUUACUCAAUUCCUCAGUACAUGCAGACUGCUGGAUCAAUAAACAAUGUGCCAUACAACUACAGCAUGUCCCAGCAGCAACCACCUUCCUUGCCUGGCUAUCCAGGAGUUGGGACUCAAAUGACAGGUAUCGCUCCGUAUACAAUGCCCCCAUCAAAUUCAUACCCAAGUUAUCAGGGUUCAGACGGUACGUUGUAUAGCCAACAAUCAUCGAUGCCAAUUUCCCGGCAAUAGAAUUUUUGAAGGCUGCUUGUAGUGGAGAGGUGGUUUUGCCGUGGAAACAUGAGAAAUUUCAGAAGGAAAAAAAAACUAAUGUAGCUUGUUAGUUACCCAUGUGCCUUUGAUUAUACACUUAACUAGAUUUGCACAUAGUAAAUGUUUAUUGCUGGUGUUUAAACGAUUCCUUUUGGAUUGUUCAAUUGAGAAAUAGAUAUGAUUGAUUAAUUUUUAGAGUC